CGCAAUGCGGGUGUGCAGACAACGUGUGGGACCGCAGAGGCAGAGAAGAUAUCUGUUUCGGCACACCCUCUACCAUCCUUAUCAGCUCAAUCCCGCGCGAUCUUCACGGAACGGAUCGAUCUUCUCUGUUCGUCUGUCUGUCUGUCUGUCUCUCUCUCUCGCCACCCGACAACUUCUCAAGAGUUUUGAUCUCUUCCCAGAGAGUUAGCUGAGGCUUGGUUUACCUGGGGCGCGAUGGCCUCGGUCCCCGGGUAAUUAUUGAAUAGAGGGCGCUGUAAUUCGACCGUGAUUUCCCGGCGGUAUAAUUGGAUCGGGUAGAGGCCAAAGGUGUUUCGGAUCUAGAGGUUUCUUCAGAGUCAGUGACUCAACAAAUGGGUAUCUGAUACUUCAUCGAGAAUCGUCUGUGCCAGUAAGUUUUGGCUAUUUUUAGAGCCUGAAGACGCCUUGAUUCAUCGAAUUUGAUUAGAUUGUAUCGCGGGUUCUCUCCCUUGGGGUUGUUGCUUGAGAUGCCAAAGAGAGGUUGAGUAGGAGAUAACUGAUGGGGAUGCUUAAAUCUUGAUGGUUCAGUGGGUUUUUUGGGAGUACUGAGACAUAUUCCUGAAAGUUCUGUAUGGUUUCUGGAUUGUGGUAGGUGCAUAGUUCCUUUGAGUGGUUUCUCUGGUUGCUCGGUAUUCGACAGACUUAGCAGUCAACAAUUUCGGUCUAUCGGGGGCAAUUAGACUCUCCUUGAUGCGUUUCGUUUCAGUCAAAAGGGAAUUUCCAGGUCGAAAUUCUUGACAAUCUCAAAGUGUUAUCCUUGUUUCCAAGCUUAGAGUAGCUGCAACUGAGCUUAUUCAGGAAUGGCCGGCAAUAAGAUCAUUGUUUGGUUUAGGAGGGACCUCAGAAUUGAUGAUAAUCCAGCAUUAUCUGCUGCUGCUAGAGAUGGUCGUGUGCUUCCUGUGUUCAUAUGGUGUCCGAAAGACGAAGGGCAAUUCUACCCAGGGCGGGUUUCGCGGUGGUGGCUGAAGCAUUCUCUGUCACACCUUUCUCAGUCCCUCAAAUCUCUGGGUUCUCAACUUGUGCUGAUUAAAGCUGAUAGCACACUUGCUGCACUUUUGGCUUGCAUCGAUUCUGUGGGCGCGACAAGAGUGGUCUUUAAUCAUCUUUAUGAUCCUGUUUCACUGGUUCGUGAUCAUCACAUCAAGGAGCAAUUAGUGGAACUUGGUAUUUCCGUGCAAAGCUACAAUGCAGACUUGUUAUAUGAACCAUGGGAAGUGUACGACGAGAAAGGACUUGCUUUUACGAUGUUUGACAAAUACUGGAACAAGUGCAUGAACAUGCAAAUGGAACCCGUCUCUCACGCUCCUGUCUGGCGCUUAGAGCCAUUGCCAACUUCAGGAUUAGUGGAAAAUUGUUCGAUUGAAGACCUCGGUCUCGAAGAUGAAACAGAAAGAUCUAGCAACGCAUUAUUAGGAAGAGGAUGGUCGCCAGGUUGGGGCCAUGCUGAUAAGGCUUUGAGUGAGUUUAUCGAACAUCAUCUGGUCAGUUAUGCUGAAAACAGGUUGAAGGUUGGGGGUAACUCAACGUCGCUCUUGUCUCCGUAUCUCCAUUUCGGAGAAGUAAGUGUCAGGAAAGUCUUCCAAUCCACCCGUCUGAAGCAAAUUCUGUGGGCGAAAGAAGGUAAUUCUAGUGGGGAAGAAAGCGCAACUCUCUUUCUCAGGGCCAUUGGGUUUCGGGAGUAUUCGCGCUACCUUUGUUUCAACUUCCCAUUUACUCAUGAGAAGUCUCUGCUGAGCAAUUUGAAAUAUUUCCCAUGGUGCCCCGAUCAGACCUCUUUUAAGGCUUGGAGACAGGGCCGCACUGGCUAUCCGCUAGUCGAUGCUGGAAUGAGAGAGCUCUGGGCUACUGGGUGGAUACAUAACAGGAUAAGAGUGAUCGUCUCGAGCUUUGCCGUGAAGUUUCUGCUGCUUCCCUGGAAAUGGGGUAUGAAAUAUUUCUGGGACACGCUUUUGGAUGCAGAUUUGGAAAGUGAUAUCCUUGGUUGGCAGUAUAUUUCCGGGAGCUUACCGGACGGGCACGAGCUUGAACGUAUGGAUUGUCCUGAGGUUCAAGGAUGCAAGUUUGAUCCAGAAGGAGAAUAUGUGAGACAGUGGCUGCCUGAGCUAGCGAGAAUGCCGACGGAGUGGAUCCACCAUCCAUGGGAUGCACCCACCAGUGUGCUCAGAGCUUCGGGGGUUGAAUUGGGACUAAACUACCCGAAACCCAUAAUCGACCUGGAUGCUGCCCAAGUGCACUUAACAGAAGCCAUUUUCAAAAUGUGGGAACUGGAAGCCGCUGCCAGAGCAUCUAGCUCGAACUACACUGAUGAAGUCGUUGGAGAGAAUUCUGAGGGAGAUGAGAAUUCAAGCAUUCCGAAGGUUGUUCUAAAGGACAGGGUUCCUUCUUUUACCAUUUCUUCUAACGAUCAGAGGGUUCCCACGAUUCAGAAUUCAAAGGGCGGUCUUGCUUGCAAGAAGAGGCCAAAAGAGAUCGCGGUCAGCGAGAGGCAGCCAGUCCGUGAGAACUUGCAGGAUGAACCGGGGGGCUCGAGAAGGGAUGAGGAAGUGUGCUCCACAGCAGAAUCUUCGGCAGCUAAAAGACAGACAAUUAGCAGAGAUUCGUUCUCGGUACCCCAGUCUUGUACUUCAUCGAAUGCCUUGACUUCAAACGAACAGGAGAUUUGAUGUUUUAACCUGAAGUAGGAGUUCCAGGAACAAGUAGACAUUGAACAUGGUACGGGAAAAGAUGGGAUCUAAGUCAGAGUUCUUAUACUGCAAUUUUGAAACAAUCUUGACUCAAGGAUUUGGGAAACUUGCGGAACUGCUUCCUCCAACAGUCAUUGAAUCCAUCUCUACUAUUGGUUCCUGACUGCAGAGAAUGCCUUGCUUUGUCAGGAGACUCUGGUCACAUGAUGCCAUGAGUAAAAUCGUGACAGACAAAUGUGGAUCCGAUCUUCGUCAUCAUUUAUGUGUACAUACUAAUAAACGUAGCAAGUCUUUUACUUUGAUCGCUUCAGCCUGAAAAUCUCUCUUUGAGAUCACAUGAACAGUUUUAAAAAUGGUCUGUAAUUUGUGGACGAGGGUUUUGUAUUGAAGGUCAAAGUUCUCAAAAUCAUGUACAUCUAAUGCAGGUAGAAGCUCAACACAGAAACAUCCACCUCAUAUUGAACUUCAUGUUUCUGAUACAGUAUAUGUUUAGUUGCGUGGUUAUGGAAGUGAGAGCUGAAAUUA